CGGCCGGCCCCCGCGCCCCUCCCGGCUGCUCCCGCCGCGCGCUCCCGCAGCCUCCGCCGCCCCAAACUUUUCUCCGGGCGCCCGUCCCCCCGGCGGCCGCCCGCUCCCAGCGCAUGGGCGCCCGGCCGCCGGGGCCCGACCCCCGCCAUGGCGGCCCGCGCGCCCCCCGCCGCACCUGCGGCCGACGAGCCGGGGGGUCCGGGAGGCCCCCCGCGCAGGAAGAAGUCGCGCUCGGGCGCGUCCGGCCUCCGCCGCGCCUUCAGCUGGCUGCGGGGCAAGCGGCGUAAGAAGAAGGCGGCGGCGGGGGCCGAGGGCAGCGAGCCCGCCGCCCCCCGGGCCAAGAAGGCGGAGGACAAGGCCAGGAAGGCCAAGGGUAAAGGCCGAGGCUCCGCCAAGACUGAGAACGACAAACGUCUAGGUGGGGGACCAGGCCAGGGGCCAGGGGCCGUGGGCGAAGAUCUCCCGGACAAUGUCUUCUUCCCCCGCGGGCGGCCGCCACAUCUGGAGGAACUGCACACGCAGGCCCAGGAGGGGCUCCGCUCCCUGCAGUACCAAGAAAAACAGAAACUCAACAAGGGUGGCUGGGACCAUGGAGACACGCAGAGCAUCCAGUCUUCCCAGACCGGGCCCGAUGAAGACAGCAUCUCCUUCUGCAGCCAGUCCACGUCCUACACGACCGAGAGCUCCACGGCCGAGGACGCGCUCUCCAUCCGCUCGGAGAUGAUCCAGCGCAAAGGCUCCACCUUCCGGCCUCAUGACUCCUUCCCCAAGUCGGGCCGACCAGGGCGCAGGCGGCAGAAGCGGCGGAGCACGGUGCUGGGUCUGCCGCAGCACGAGCAGAAGGAGCUGGGCCUCCGGCGUGAGCGUGAGGUCCCUGCCUCCCCCCGGCCUCCUGGCCCUCGGGAUGCUGUCCGGAUCCCCACGGUGGAUGGCCGCCCAGCAGACCCAGCGGCAGGGCCGGCCUCUGGGGUGCGGGUGUCCCUGCAGGCCCUGGAGGCCCAGUCGGACACUGAGGCCCUGGUGCAACGCCACAUCGACCGUGUCUACCGGGACGACACCCUCGUGGGCUGCUCCUCGGGAGCGCGGCCCCCUCCACUGCUGCGGCCCAUGUCCCUGGCCGUGCCUGGGAUGACGGGAGGGGCCGGCCCCGCCGAGCCCCUGAGCCCGGCCAUGUCCAUCUCCCCUCAGGCCACUUACCUGUCCAAGCUCAUCCCACACGCGGUGCUGCCGCCCACCGUGGACGUGGUGGCCCUGGACCGCCGCAGUGUCCGCACGCUGAGCCGCCACAGCCUGCUCACGGCCAGCCCGGCCUCCGUCCACUCUCUGGGCCGCUUCUCCUCGGCGUCCAGCCCGUGGCCCCGCAGCCGCCACCCCUCCUCCUCCAGCGACACCUGGAGCCACUCGCAGUCCUCGGAGACCAUCGUGUCCGACGGCUCCACGCUCUCCUCCCAGGGCGGCUCCGAGGGCCGGCCCGAGGGCUCCGUGGCCAGCACCAGCACGGCGGCCCCUGGCCAGGGCGGCAGCGGGCGCGGCUCCCCCAGCGGGGGCAGCACCGCCGGCGCCUCGGACGCGGGCAGCAGCCGCAGCACUGGGCAGCUGUCGGGGCGCAGCGUGUCCCUGCGCAAGCUGAAGCGCGCCCCGCCCCCGCCGCGCCGGACCUACUCGCUGCACCAGCGGGGCUCAGCGGCCCCCGACGGGCCCCUGGGUUUGCCGCCCAAGCCCGAGCGGAAGCUGCCCCCGCAGCUGCCCCGGCCCCCGCCCACUGGGGAGGCGGACGGGAUGGGGCCAGCGCCCUGUCCCUCCAGCGCUGCCGGCACUUGGGGGCCUGGCUCGUCUCCAAGCGCGUCCCGGCGCCCCCCACGCUCCCCAGAACGGACACUUUCACCCUCCAGCGGCUACUCGAGCCAAAGUGGGACCCCGACGCUCCCCCCGAAGGGCCUAGCGGGAGCGCCCGCUUCUCCAGGCAGGGCACAGCCCCCUAAACCUGAGCGGGUCACUUCCCUUCGCUCGCCUGGGGCCUCCGUCUCCUCCUCCCUCACGUCCCUGUGUUCCUCCUCCUCGGACCCGGCCCCCGCUGACCGUUCUGGCCUGCAGAUGUCAGCGGCCCUGGGGGACAGGUUUGUCAUUCCCCCUCAUCCCAAGGUGGCUGCCCCCUUCUCCCCACCUCCCUCCAAGUCCAAGAGCCCCAAGCAAGCGGACCCUGCCCCAGCUGUCCCCACGGUGCCGACUGGGUCGGUGUCUGCCGCUGAUACCAGUCCCGAGGCUGCCCCCACUGCCCAGACCUCCCUGGCCCCUCCGGAGUCCCCUGCUGCUGCUGCCAAAGAGCAGUCCCCACCCCCGUCCCCGCCUCCCUCCUACCAUCCCCCUCCACCUCCUGCUAAGAAGCCAGAGGUGGUUGUGGCAGCCCCCGAGUCGACAGAGGAGCCCCCCCAUGACCCCAGCUGGCCCCCGCCCCCACCCCCUGCCCCAGAGGAGCAGGAUCUAUCCAUGGCCGACUUCCCCCCGCCCGAGGAGGCCUUCUUUGUGGCCGGCUCUCCGGCGGCUCCUGUCUCUCCCCCAACCCAGCCCCCCAACCCCCCAGGCCCUCCACCCGCACCCCCACCUGCCAGUUCUGCCACAGGGCCUGGGCCAGCAAGUGGCAGCAAAGGCAAUGGGGUGCCCAAGGAAGACGCUGGCGGAGCACCCUUGGUCACGCCCUCGCUCCUGCAGAUGGUGCGUCUGCGCUCUGUAGGGGCUCCCACGGGGGCUCCCACCCCAGCACCAGGGCCCUCGGCCCCCCAGAAGCCACUACGAAGGGCCCUGUCUGGCCGGGCCAGCCCGGUGACAGCCCCCUCCUCGGGGCUCCACGCGGCCGUCCGACUCAAGGCCUCCAGCUUGGCUGCCAGUGAGCGACCUGGAAGCGCCCAGUCCAACGGACCCCCUGAGGCAGAGCCCCAGAGGCCACAGUCCCCGGCCUCCAUGGCCAGCUUCAUCUUCUCAAAGGGCACGAAGAAGCUACAGCUAGAGCGACCCGUGUCCCCCGAGGCCCAGGCUGACCUCCAGCGGAAUCUGGUGGCCGAGCUGCGGAGUAUCUCAGAGCCGCGGCCUCCCCAGGCCACAAAGAAGUCACCGAAAGCUGCACCCCCCGUGGCCCGUAAACCCUCUGUGGGAGUCCCCACGCCUACCAAUGGGCUCCCUCCCGCCGAAGACAGGACUAAGGAAGAGAACGGAGGUGUCCCGCUGCUGGGGGGCCCAGAAGAGCAGAAGCUGGGCCCUCUUGGUUCAGACCCACAGAAAGAGGUCUGACCACCAGGCCCCCUCUGGCACUGCUGACCCAUGCCAGGAUUACAAUCUCAGGGACCUGAGCAGCUCCAAGGAUGAGAGGAUGUGGCAGGUGCUGAACCCUAGAGAAGAUGCCUGCAGCCUUAGCCUCCACGGCCUUCGACUUGUGUGCAAGCCCGGUGUGGACCCGCUCCUCCAAGUUCAUCCAGCUCUCAUGCCUUUCCCAGGAAUGGAGCCACUCACUCGGCAGCUGCCACAUCCAUCUUGGCCUUGGUCUCUUCUCAGAGAGGCUGGUGGAGUGGGUGGCUGCGCCCCCUGCUGACCACCAGGCCACAGAGUUGGUAGCAGAACAUCUCACUCCCCCCCCCC